AUGCCUGCCCCCUUUUCCACCCCGCACGCCCCCGUGCCCCUCCCCGCACUUUACCUCUAUCCUCUAAACGACACUUUCAUCCCGAAACACAUCUCUCUUGCCUCAAACCAGCGCGUCAAGAUCGGCCGCCAGACGAACGCGAAGACCGUCCCCCAAGAGCGCAAUGGCUACUUCGACUCCAAGGUUCUCAGCAGACAGCACGCAGAGGUGUGGGAGGACAGUGGGAAGAUCUUCAUUAAAGACGUGAAAAGCUCCAACGGCACUUUCAUCAAUGGCGAGCGGCUCAGCCCCGAGGGGCUUGAAUCCGACCCAUACGAGCUCAAGUCAGACGACGUCGUCGAAUUUGGUAUCGACAUCGUUGGCGAGGACAACAAGACGAUCGUGCACCACAAGGUCGCAGCGCGCGUCGUGUGCGUUUUCUCCGAGCUUGAGGCGCAGGCCGCACAACGCGCCGAACAGAACCCGCAGGGCUACCUGGGGCAGAUGUCCAAUCAGCCCGGCGCUGGAAAUAGUGCAUUCAACUUCGCCGGCAACGGCCAGGGUAGCUCAAAUGGCCAGGCGGGCCCUCAGAGGCGACCGACGCUACAGCCGCAGGGGCUCGUCGGCAUGGGCGGUAUGGGUGGGAACGUGCGGGCACCAGGGAAGAGCGGUCUCACAUUCGACCACAUUUUGAGCCGACUGCAGGGAGAGCUCCAGAAGAGUAGGGAGACAGGUGCCGAGCUGCACUCGUUGAGCGGCGGACUCGCAGAGAUUCAUGACACGCUCGGUGGAAACCUUCCACCCAAUCUACCACCAUAUCCUUCGACGUUGCCGCCCGUCGUACCGCCACAACCUGGUCGGCCAUCAGACGAGGCACAACACGAACCGCAGCGGGAGGCUUCGCCCGCCGUGUCUGAGCUACAAGCUCAGCUGCUGGAGACUCAGCGAUCGUUGACAGAUCAUGUCGACAAAGUCCGUGCGCUCGAGGGCAUGCUUGCAGAGCACGAUGCGAUCAAGCAGGAGGUCAACUCGCUUCGCGAUGCGAUGGAGGAGCGAAAGCGGGAGAUGGAGUUGUUCCGGUUCGGCUCCCAGAGCGACAGGCGGCGCUCACACGACGACGAUACCUCGGAUGAUGACGACGACGAUGCGCGAAGCAUUGCAACUGUCACUCCUCAUGAGCUCGAGCCAGUCGAUGAGGUUGAUGAGGAACAGGUUGCCGCUGAGGAGGAGGAAGAGCGGCGAAGGCGGCGGGACGAACUCGGCCGACCUCGUACACCUGAGCCGACGGGUAUGGGCCUCUCCGAGUACGAAGACGACCAGGAGCACGACCAGGACCGCUACCGUAAACGGCCUGUCGCCGACCUGCGCGCACGGUCCCGCUCGCCGCAGCCCACCGCGGCACCCGCCAUUCCUGAUGAGCUGACUGAGCGGCUAAACGCCCUCGCUAAGCAGCUUGAAAUGGCACUCGAACUCUCACGCUCAUUGGAGGCCCAACACGCUAGCGCACAGUCGACGAUCUCCGCCCUCGAGGCCAAGGUCGUCUCGCUGGAGUCCCUCGUGCAGGAUACACAACAGGAGGUACGGCUGCAAAGCAAUGUCACCGAGCGUCUCGUGCAUGAGACGGAGGCUGCGGCAGCUGCUCGCCAGGUGGAGUCCUCUGUUCCGGAUGCGGCACUCGAGGCCGUGCGGGUACAGGAACGCGAGUCUCUUACGACGAUGUUCACGGAGUGGAAGAAGAACGUCGAGGGCCGCUGGAGUAGCGUUCAGGAGGACUGGAACGAGGAGCGGGAACGCCUUCGUCGGGCAAAGGACGAAUGGGAGAGCCGCAUGCGUGCCGCGGAGGAUACCAUCACGAGCGCAGCGAACAAGGUCGAGUCAGGCCUGCUCUCACUUGCGUCCUUUCAGGCCCAACAGCAGCACGGCCUCAUGAACGGGAACGCGAAGCCUCACUUGAGCGGUGGUCUGGUCACGCCUCCAAGCCCGAGGAGUCUGUCCGCGGAGUCAACGCGGCCACGAUCGCGCCGAAAACGUGUCAGCACGUCAAGGGGACGGACUCGCUCGAGAUCUCUCUCUCCUGGCCCUGCUGUUGAUGAACCGGGACGUGUUGAACGUGACGGUGACAGCGAGGCAUCCUACUCUGGCUCUGGACACCGGCGGCGAUCACCAUGGGCAGUCGACGACUCAAGCGACUCGGAGGGUCACCAUCCCAGCGAUCGGGAGCGGAACAGCGACGGCUCGACAAAGAGCAAGAUGCCCUUCCCCAUCACCCCCGAGUCUUCCGUUGUCAACCAGCCUAUCUCGACAGCAGCUAGUGUCGUGUCUGGAGCCACAACAGACCCGCGCGCACACAAGCCUCCAAAGGAUGGCGUAAGUUCCGCUGUCGCUCCCCAUACCCCUCCCCCUAAUCUUGCGCUCCAGUACCCCUACCACAACUUCUCUGCGGCGGUGGGUGUUGCGGUCCUGGCGGUGGCAGCAGCAGCAGUCGCAUGGCGAGUGAAGCCGGAGUUGUCAAUAUAG